AGGUAUCACCAGUGGAUCCAUAGCUGAAAGGACACAAUUUGUGGCGUACCUCAUUUACUCCUCUUUCUUGACCGGUUUUGUGUAUCCUAUUGUUUCACACUGGUUCUGGUCCGCUGAUGGUUGGGCCAGUGCGUCAAAAACCGAUGGCAACUUAUUAUUCGGUUCAGGGGUUAUUGACUUUGCCGGUUCAGGUGUUGUUCAUAUGGUUGGUGGCAUUGCCGGUCUAUGGGGGGCUUUUAUUGAAGGACCAAGAAUUGGCCGGUUCGACCGGAUCGGCCGGUCUGUUACUUUAAGAGGUCACAGUGCUUCACUAGUAGUAUUGGGUACUUUCUUGCUUUGGUUUGGUUGGUAUGGGUUUAACCCCGGUUCAUUUUUAACCAUACUCAAAUCUUAUAGUGAUAGUACAAAGGGUACUUAUUAUGGUCAAUGGAGUGCAAUAGGGAGGACAGCUGUCACAACCACAUUGGCUGGUUGCACUGCUGCACUCACAACAUUAUUUGGUAAGAGACUUUUAGUGGGACAUUGGAAUGUGGUUGAUGUUUGUAAUGGUUUACUAGGGGGAUUUGCAGCAAUUACUUCAGGUUGUGCUGUUGUUGAACCAUGGGCUGCUAUUGUUUGUGGAUUUGUAGCAGCUUGGGUUCUAAUUGGUUUCAAUAAAUUGGCAACAAAAUUAAAAUAUGACGAUCCGCUAGAAGCAGCACAACUCCAUGGCGGUUGUGGUUCAUGGGGCAUAAUAUUCACAGGAUUAUUCGCAAAAAAAGAGUACGUUAACGAAGUAUAUCCAGGAUUUCCUAAUAGGCCAUAUGGAUUGUUCAUGGGAGGUGGCAGGAAAUUAUUAGGUUCACAAAUUAUUCAGAUUCUUGUGAUUAUUGGAUGGGUGAGUGUGACAAUGGGACCAUUGUUCUUUUUGUUACAUAAGUUCAAGUUGUUGAGAAUAUCGCGCGAAGAUGAAACAGCAGGAAUGGAUUUAACAAGACAUGGUGGAUUUGCAUAUAUAUAUCAUGAUGAAGAUGAAGGUUCUUCUAUGCCUGGAUUCAAGAUGACAAGAAUUGAACCAACAGAUACUCCUACACCUGAUCAUCAUCACAACAGAUCUGUGGCUGUGUAACAAACAAACAAAAACAAAGAAGUUGAAAAUAAAAUAUUAGAAAGGUAAUUUAAUUAAUAGUGUUCAAUUAUAGGAUGGUCGCCCUAGAUUAAUUAAGAUCAAGACUAUAAUACAUGAUAAAAAUUCCCCAAUAGUUUUUACAAAAAGCUUUUGGUUAUUUGAGCUACCCUUUAUUGUAUGGUGUCUUCUUGUCUGUUUUUAGUGUGUGGUCUGUAUUGUUCUAAAAAUGUAAAUAAAUACUACUCAUAAUAGUAGAAUAUUAUUACCUGGACUUCAGCCA